UGUUCUCAAUGUGUCCGUUUGUUUGAAGAAAAGCUGCCUUUGUUUAAGGAAUACGGGUGUUCAUAGUGGCGGGGUAAGGCGUAAAAAGAAAACCCCACACUGGUCCCGUUUGCUGGAAGGAAGAGGACUAAAAAUGGAGCUGGAAGACGGAGUUGUGUACCAGGACGACCCGGGGACAUCAGCGAUGAUGUCUGAGCGGGUGUCGGGCCUGGCUAACUCCAUUUACCGCGAGUUCGAGAGGCUCAUCGGUAAAUACGACGAAGACGUGGUGAAAGAGCUGAUGCCGCUCGUGGUGGCCGUGCUGGAGAACCUGGACUCCGUGUUCGCGGAGAACCAGGAGCACGAAGUGGAGCUGGAGCUGCUGAAGGAGGACAACGAGCAGCUCAUCACCCAGUACGAGCGGGAGAAAGCGCUGAGGAAACACGCUGAGGAGAAAUUCAUCGAAUUUGAAGACACUCAUGAGCAGGACAAGAAGGACCUGCAGAACCAUGUGGACCGGAUGGAGUCCCACUCCCGGCAACUGGAGCUUAAGAUCAAGAACUAUGCAGACCAGAUUGGCAGGUUAGAAGAAAGAGAGCUGGAGCUCAAGAAGGAGUACAAUUCCCUCCAUCAGCGGCACACAGAGAUGAUCCAUAAUUACAUGGAGCAUGUGGAGAGGAUCAAAAUGCAGCAGAUUAGCGACACUUCAGAGUCGAGCGCAGUCGGACGAGUCAGGAGAGAGCGGCCUCUUUCUUUGGGAAUUUUCCCGUCAUCUGGUGGAGCAUCUUUGCUCAUUCCAGAUCCCCAGGCCAGAGCAGAGACUCUGAGCACAGAGAGCUGGAGGUUCACUGACUCUUCACAACCUCGAUCCAACACUAGUCUCAAGUUGGACUUUGGUGACCCCCCAAAGGAAAGGGAGGGUAAGAGUGCGCAGGACUCUUCUUGGGGGAAUUCACUGGCAGACGACUGCAAGGAUGAACUAUCAGACUUCACUGGCUCCAAGUCAGCCACACCGAUGUCCACCACUGCCUCAGACCUGGAGAGGGAAGACGGGACCAGUAAGAGCACAGAAGUGCAAGCUGCACCAGGGACCAGAUCCAUAUCAGUAGGUCUGCCUGAAAAUGAGGACAGCUCAGAUGUGAAGGAUAUCAUUGAGUCCACCCCUGAGUUGGACAUGGAUCUCAUUGGGUACAAACCCUGCAGCACUCCUACUAAAGGCAUUGAAAACAUGGCAUUUGACCGCAAUACAGACUCCCUGUUUGAGGAGCUGUCCUCUGCAGGCACUGGGCUCAUUGGGGACGUGGAUGAAGGAGCCGAUCUUUUAGGUAUGGGCCGGGAAGUUGAAAAUCUAAUUCAGGAGAAUUCACAACUGCUUGAGACAAAGAAUGCCUUGAAUGUGGUGAAUAAAGACUUGAUACUGAAGGUUGAUGAAUUGACGUGUGAAAAGGAAAUGUUGCAGGGAGAGCUUGAAGCUUUGCGUCAGGCCAAAAGCAAGAUAGAGGAAAAGAACAAAGAGCUGGAGGAGGAACUCAAAAAAGUACGAGUGGAGGUGGAGGAAGCAAAACAGAAAGCAAACGAAGAAGAAGAGGUUAGUCUUUGCCACAGUUUUCCCCGGUUUCCAUCUGUUGUGUGGCUCAUUCCUGAAGAACUAGUGUAUUUCUGUGUGGUCAUGUUUGGGUUUAAUUGUGUGCUGCUACAGAGCGAUUUACCUACGGCUCAGAAGAAGCGCUUCACCAGAGUGGAGAUGGCCCGAGUGCUGAUGGAGAGGAACCAGUACAAAGAGCGACUUAUGGAGCUGCAGGAAGCUGUGCGGUGGACUGAGAUGAUCAGGGCUUCAAGAGAAAAUCCAACUAUUGCAGAAAAAAAGAAAUCCAGCAUCUGGCAGUUCUUCAGCAGACUGUUUAGCUCCUCCUCCAGUGCCCCUGCCAUAAAGUUUGAGUCCCAGCCUAAUACGAAGUACAGCAGCCCGGGCGGCACGGUGAAGAGGAGCAGCACCUUCUCCCAGUUCCCCACAGAGAAGUCUAAGACAUUUGACUUCCUCAAUGAAGAUAAGGAACAGUGCAGUUCGCCAUCACGUAAAGAGCAGAAGAGAACGCAGUACAGGCAGGUCAAGGCUCACAUGCAGAAGGAGGAUGGACGAGUCACAGCGCAUGGCUGGAGCCUGCCCGGCAAAUACAAGGUAGCGAAUGGUGGACAAGUGGAAAUCAAAAUGAACCUACCUGUACCGGUUUACUUGAAACCUCUGGACCAGAAAGAUGCUUCUAUGAAGCUGUGGUGUGCUGCGGGGGUUAACCUGUCUGGGGGUCGGCCAUUUUCCUCAUCAGAGCUUUUUAAGCAGACGAAGGGUUCUCAGAGUAGCCUGGAUCAGCUGGAGCAGGAGAGUAAGGAUCGGGAAAAAGGAGAGAAAGAGAAGGAGCUGAUCGUUCAGGACGAGAUGUCCAGUCGUGUGUGGGUGUGCACUAGCACCCACUCCUCCACCAAGGUUAUGGUGCUGGAUGCCACUCAGCCCUCUGACCUGCUUGACAGCUUUUACGCCUGCAACACUCAUGUUGUCUGCAUCGCCAGUGUGCCAGGUGUGUUGGAAACCGAUUAUCCAGCAGGUGAAGCCGUACCUCAAGACCUGGAGGCCAGCCAAAGUGAUGCAGCGUCAUUGGCUGGCAGUGUGGCCAGUGUAGGCUCAGCAGGUAGCGAUGGUGCCAUGGCAGCUGAGGGCACUACCGCCAUCCCCCAGACAGCAAGUGCAGGUUUCGCCGACCAGCCGACUGAGCACAGCGCCACCACAGGCUCAGCUCCUGCAGUGGAGCUGUCCAGGGAGACCAGUCCAGCAGAAGAUGGGGUUCCUACAGCAGAAGAGGCAACAGAAGCAACAGAAGCUAAUGCUGGUGUGGGCGAAGAAGGAGAGGAAGAUCAGGGGGCUGAUCAAAACCAGCCAGGAAUCUACACAGAGCAUGUGUUCACUGACCCACUUGGGGUGGAACCCACUGACUCUGUUGCUGAAUCACAGAGGGGCUCCGGUCUGGAUGGGGUGACUUCUCUCGCAGAAGACUCAGACCCGUCAGAGGGGGAGGUCCUGAGGAUGAGCAGUGCACUUCCAACCAUGUGGCUUGGAGCUCAAAACGGAUGUCUGUACGUCCACUCAUCUGUGGCCCGAUGGAGGAAAUGUCUCCAUGCCAUCAAACUGAAAGACUCAAUCCUCAGCAUAGUGCAUGUUAAAGGGAGAGUCAUGGUAGCAUUGGCUGAUGGGACAUUAGCAAUUUUCCACAGAGGCAUUGCAGACGGCCAGUGGGAUCUAACCAACUACCAUCUGCUUGAUCUGGGCCGGCCCCACCACUCCAUCCGCUGUAUGAGCGUAGUCCACGACAAGGUUUGGUGCGGCUACAGAAAUAAAAUCUACGUCAUCCAGCCGAAGGCCAUGAGAAUAGAGAAAUCAUUUGACGCUCAUCCUCGGAAGGAGAGUCAGGUACGGCAGCUGGCCUGGGUUGGAGAUGGCAUCUGGGUGUCCAUUCGACUGGAUUCAACCCUGCGCUUGUUUCACGCCCACACCUACCAGCACCUCCAGGAUGUGGACAUCGAGCCCUAUGUCAGCAAGAUGCUGGGUAUACAAACUGUUCGCUGCUUUACCAGUACAGGUAAAUUGGGCUUCUCGUUUGUGAGAAUCACAGCUCUCGUGGUGUCCUGCAACCGACUGUGGGUGGGUACAGGAAACGGCGUCAUCAUCUCCAUCCCGCUCUCUGAAGCUAACAGAACAGCAGGAACAGUGCCAAAUCGCCCCGGCGGUGCUGUACGGGUCUACGGUGAUGACAGCUCUGUGACAGACUGCGCCGUGCCAGGCAGCUUUGUGCCAUACUGCUCCAUGGCUCACGCCCAGCUAUGUUUCCAUGGACAUCGGGAUGCUGUCAAGUUUUUUGUGACCGUGCCAGGUCAGGCGAUGCCGCCUCCAGGUAGUGCAGAUUCAGGCUCUGAUGAUCCUCCGUCCGAAUCCUCUGACACAGCAGCCUCUGAACCUAAAACCUACCUGGUCAUGAGUGGAGGAGAAGGCUACAUUGACUUCAGGAUGGGUGAUGAAGUUGGUGAGUUGGACGGUUUAUCUGAAACGACAUCCAGCCCGCAGUCAGCACCCACUAAGAACGAGCGGAGCCACCUCAUCGUCUGGCAGGUCACGACUUCUCAUGAUUGAAAAACUUCAUAGACUCUUGUGUUAAUGCCAGGGGUGCUCACCAACCCCUGCAUGCCAUACUGGAGGUUUUUAAUUUGUUCUUAAUGCCUGAGUAGUUUACUACUUUGUAAAGAAAUCAAAAGAAAACAAACAAAAAAAA